GGCAGGUGUCUCAGCAAUGGCUCCACCCUCCUCCGAUCUCAAGCUCUUGGGGUCAUGGGCGAGCUCCUACACUCACCGAGUCCAACUCGCCCUCAAGCUCAAAGGCCUCGCCUUCGAGUACGCGGAGGAGGACCUCGCCGACAAGAGCCCCUCCCUCCUCCUCUACAACCCCGUCUACGAGAAGGUCCCCGUCCUCCUCCACCGUGGCCGCCCGGUCCUCGAGUCCGUCAUCAUCCUCCACUACCUCGACGAGACAUGGCCCGAGGUACCCCUCAUGCCCGCCGACCCUUACGACCGCGCUCUCGCCCGCUUCUGGUGCCACUUCGUCGACGACAAGCUCGGCCCUGCCGUGGGAGCGGUGUUCGCGUCGCCGAGCGACGGUCAGGCAGCGGCGGUGGAGCAGGUGCAUGAGAACCUGAGGCUGGUGGAGCGCGAGCUGAGGGAGGGGGCGUUCGCGGGAAGGAGGAGGUUCUUCGGCGGCGAUAAGAUCGGUGUUCUGGACAUCGUCCUCGGUUGUGGUUCCUACUGGCUUGCGGUGUUCGAGGAGGUGAUGGAGGUGAAGCUGGUCGACCCGGAGGCGUUUCCACUCUUCCACUCAUGGCUGCGGGACUUCGAGGAGCAGGAGGAGGUGAAGGCGAUCAUCCCGGCGAUCGACCGGCUGCUGGAGUACGCGAGGGGCGUUCGCCAAAUGAUGCUUGGGCUCAGCACUCGGCAGCAGUGACGUCGCCGUUGCUGCCGAUGCAUGCAUGGUCUAUAUAUAACAGCAGUAAUGAGAAGGAAGGCCAUAUUAUCGUGUGUGGGUGUUGAGCUAAGUGUAUUAUGGAUGUGUCAUGUGAGCAGUGGUUUAAGAGGGUGUGAGCUAUCUCGAUAAGAUUACCAUAAUAUGUUGAAAAAUAAUUUUCAUUCGAAUAAUGUUUUUAUGUGUUGUUUUA